UGAACUAGGACUUGGAGUUUGUUUAGAGCAGCCCGUGAUAAUGUUCUAUCAGUGUGUCUGUAACACAAAAACUCUUCGCGUCGGUUCACAAUGGUUUUCUCGGGGUGCUAAAAGACCAGACGUUCAGAAAUCUUUGCAAACCGAAAUAGACAACGUCAUUGGUGACGUCAGAGAGCCAGAGAUCCGUGACCGACAACAGAGCCCUCUGGUGGAGGCGUUUGUCUUGGAAACCCUGCGUUACAUCUCUCAUACACCGUUGGCACUGCAUUCCACCCGAGAAGCGACGUACAUUGCUGGUUAUCAUGUGGAGAAAAACACGCCGGUUCUCGCUUGUUUUUGGAGUAUGCAUCACAGUGACACUGAGUGGGAAGAUCCGUUUUUAUUUAAACCCGAGAGAUUCCUUGAACAAGAUGGAAGCCUAAAGCCUGCAAGUGAUCCUGUCAGAAAAAGGUUUUUAUUGUUUGGAACGGGAAGACGUAGCUGUCCCGGAGAAGUGUUUGCCAAGUCCCGGCUCUUCCUCUUCCUGUCUUCACUCCUACAAAGCUUCAACGUUAUGGAACCUGAGGACCACAGUCUUCCAGAAUUCGAUCCAAGAGAAAUGGAUUCUGGACUGAUUAUGCAACCAAAACCUUUCAAAAUUCGAUUUGAGCGCAGAAAGCAAAGAUUUUAAUUUAUCAAACUUAGAUUAACUUGCAGUACUUUAAAAUCAUAAUAUUUAGUUGGAGUUUAAAUAAAUUAAUAGCUCACAAUAUAAAUCAAAUAUAGUUAAUUGUUAAACAAUAUAGUGAGGUGGGUUGAGACAUGUUAGCUUCUAGAAGAUGAAAACUAGAACGUAUUAAUAAGUUAUAUGAUAUAUUUAUU